UUAUUUUUUGAAUAACCCCAUUUUUCUCCUCAACUGACCCCGCCUUCCCUCCCUCAUUUCUCAACUCCCCCAAACUUUUCUCUCUCUCUCCUCCUCCUCUCAAUCAACAACAACAACAAAGUGAUCAAACUCUCACCUUCACCCCCUUCCCUCCUAAAUUUUCAUAUGAACGCGUACAUCUCGGAUUGUAAUAACUCUUUAAUCGAAUUCAUAUAACUUCAUACUUAUAAUAUAUUCAAUGGGAAACUGCAACGCUUGUAUUAGACCAGAAGAACUCAGCAAACAAACCCCAAAAACAAACAAGAAAAAAACACGUCCCAACCCAUUCGCAGCCUCAAAUAACCAACCUCAACCUGCACCCGUCCGAGUCCUCAAGGACAUUAUCCCCGCAGUCGGGCCUCGUAUCAGCGACAAAUAUGUGAUCGGCCGAGAGCUCGGCCGAGGUGAAUUUGGUGUUACAUAUUUAUGUACUGAUCGCGAGACGAAAGAUCGUCUCGCGGUUAAAUCAAUAUCAAAGAGGAAGCUUCGAACUGCAAUUGAUGUUGAAGAUGUAAGAAGAGAAGUAGCUAUUAUGUCUACACUUCCAGUUCAUCCUAAUAUAGUUAGACUUAAAGCUGUUUAUGAAGAUAAUGAAGCUGUUCAUUUGGUUAUGGAGUUGUGUGAAGGUGGUGAAUUGUUUGAUAGGAUUGUUGCGCGUGGACAUUAUUCUGAACGUGCUGCUGCUACGGUUGCUAAAACGGUUGCGGAAGUUGUUAAGAUGUGUCAUGAUAAUGGUGUUAUGCAUAGAGAUUUGAAACCUGAGAAUUUCUUGUUUGCUAAUAAGAAAGAGAAUUCUCCUCUUAAAGCUAUUGAUUUUGGUCUCUCUGUUUUCUUCCGACCUGGAGAAAGGUUCACAGAGAUAGUGGGGAGCCCAUACUACAUGGCCCCAGAAGUGUUGAGGAGAAAUUAUGGGCCAGAGGUGGAUGUGUGGAGUGCUGGAGUUAUAUUGUACAUUCUUCUUUGCGGGGUUCCUCCUUUUUGGGCAGAGACCGAGCAAGGUGUUGCUUUGGCAAUAUUGCGGGGGACGAUCGAUUUUAAAAGGGAACCAUGGCCUCAAAUAUCUGAAAGUGCCAAGAGCCUUGUCAAACAAAUGUUGGAUUCAGACCCUAAAAAACGAUUGACUGCUCAACAAGUUCUUGAACACCCAUGGAUACAGAACGCAAAGAAAGCUCCUAAUGUCCCAUUGGGAGAUAUUGUCAGGACAAGACUCAAGCAGUUUGCUGGGAUGAACAGAUUUAAGAAGAGGGUGCUGAGGGUUAUUGCUGAACAUUUAACUGUUGAAGAGGUAGAAAUUAUCAGAGAUAUGUUCAUGCUGAUGGAUACUGAUCGCGAUGGAAGGGUAACCUAUGAUGAAUUGAGGGCUGGUCUCCGAAAGGUUGGUUCCCAGCUCGGCGAGCCAGAGAUAAAGCUCCUCAUGGAAGUGGCUGAUGUUGACGGGAAUGGUUACUUGGACUAUGGGGAGUUUGUAGCAGUGACAAUUCACUUGCAAAAAAUGGAGAAUGAUGAACACUUUCACCGAGCAUUCAUGUAUUUCGACAAAGAUGGAAGUGGUUACAUUGAGUUAGAUGAGCUUCGAGAUGCCUUAGCUGACGAAUCAGCUGAAACUGAUGCGGAUAUUUUAACUGAGAUCAUGCGUGAAGUUGAUACCGACAAGGAUGGUCGAAUAAGUUACGAGGAAUUCGUAGCAAUGAUGAAAACCGGGACUGAUUGGAGGAAGGCUUCUAGGCAGUACUCAAGAGAAAGAUUCAAGAGUUUGAGUCUUAACUUGAUGAAAGAUGGUUCACUACAACUUCACGAUGGAAUGACUGGCCAAGCUGUUGUGGUAUAAAUAUAUGAUCAAAAUGAUUUAAGAGUUUGCUCCUUUUUGUUCACUUCUUGAUCUAAUUUGAUCUCUUAAAACGCGCCAAUGUACGUAUGAUCGAACUCUCUAUUUCACUAAUGGAGGUGCAUCACAAUAAGAUUGGCAAAUAUCAGUCUUGGAUUACAUCUUCUCAAGUGUGAAUUAAUAUGGAGAAUGCUGAGUUUUGGGUUGAUUAGUUUUGAAUUGUAAGAAGUUUCUCAACAUAUAGGGAGUCUGAAUUUUACUUUAUUUAUACUCUCAUCUUGUAUUUUCUUGUAUAUUUCUUUUUGUUUUUCUCUUUGAAUGGUGUCAAAUUUGGUACGCCAUACUUCUUUCUGUAUAGAGAUUCAAGUUUUUUUUGGGCUUGUAUUAUCAAUUGUCUAUUGAGUUUCUGUAUUUCUCCUGUGCCUGAAUUAUUCAGGCAUAUUUUAUGUAUUUUGAUCAUAGAUAGUAAUACUUAGAAAUUUUUUCAA